AUGAGUAAUCUAUAUUCCCAUAGAGAAGAACAAAACAAUCAAAAAUUCGAACAAUUAGCACAAACAUUAAAUCAAUUUAAACAAACAAUAAAUAAUGAUAUAAAUGAAUCAAUACAACAAGAAUCUGGAUUAUUAAAUCAAUUAAAUGAAAAUUUCUCAAAUUUAAUGUCAUCAGUGGGGAGAACAUCUGGAAAUUUAAGAACUGUUAUGAAUAGAAAUCAAAGUUUAACUAGGAUUGUUGGAUUGAUUUUGGCGGGAUUUUUUGUUAUUUGGAUGUUAUUUAAAUUGCUAUGA